UCUCUGACAAUUACUCAUUUAAAUUUACAGAAAGGCUCGAAACAGCAUAUAAAAGGCUAUGUGUGUGCAUAAGUCUGUUUAGGGAUGUAACUUGUAUUUUUGAGAAAUUGAAACUAAAAGCACAUCUCACUCUCAUUUAUAAACAUGGCUUCGAAUCACCAAGAUGAUUCCGACACUGAAGGCUCAGAAUUCAGUGAUAGUGGCUCAGACUCUGAUACCUCAAAUACUUCAACCAAAGAUUCAGGCUCCUUUAUCGACUCUGACUGUGACUCUGACUCAGAUUCCAGCGAUAAAGCAGUUGCAACAGCAUGUGCUGCAUUCAAGCGUAAGAUUUGUAAGUAUUACAAUCAUGGCAACUGCCGAAAUGGAGACAGGUGUCAGUAUGAGCACAUAUGCAAAUACCACGUGGAGGGCUCAUGCCGCUAUGGCAUUGGAUGUCGUCUCAAACACAGUUCUGCUUCAAAUGCAUCACCUCAACCAAAUGAACAUCCAGACAGUGAAAGCCAUAGUAAGCGGCAGAGAAGGAAUAGCAGUCCUGUGUCUGCAGAUGAUGAAGAAGACGAUGACAGUCCCUACAGAUGGCAGUUGAAUUUGGGAGAUGGCUGGGAGGAUGUUUCCAAUGAUUUUGUACUAGAAGCUCAGUAUUCACGCCCUGAAGCCAAAGGAAUCAACAUCUAUAACACCCCUGCUGGAGUUAUUUCGAUCGACUUUACCAAGAUGAGAGUUAUUACCAAAACUAACAUUAAAGUCCGGCGUAAAGGUUCAAAGCAAACUGAGUGGCUGUGGUAUUACCAUGGUAAACAGAAGUGGCACCAGUUUGGAGUGAAGCGUUCAAAGGGCAAAAGCAAUGGGAUUCAGAGUUCAAGACUGGAAAAGGAAUACCAAAAGCACAAGAAGGGUUCUUUUCAGUUUGCUGUUGAUUCCAGCACAUUCGAGAUUAGCUUUAAAGGAAUGUAUCAGAAAAGUUUAUCUACAGGCCAGAAAAGACGGGUUAGACGACGCCCUAAAUAUGAUCCGUCUAAAGCUGUAGCAAGCACGUUGCCCUUCAGUUUCCGGGGCUUGAUGGCUUCAGUGUGGCAGUUUGAAGGGAGAGCUGGUAAAUGGCACACCUUCAAAAAAAUGGGUGGAUGUUCAGUCUCAAGUGAUGACAUCGAGAGCUGUUACCAAAGUAAACAGAAGACAAUGACAUUCAAUGUUAAUGGUGACCCUUACACACUGGAUUUUUCAAGGAUGAAUCAGGUUAACCAAAGAACAAAUGCCAGACGCAAGAUCCGUCGCACUUAAUGGGUGUGCAAAAGCUCAAGAACAGGAGUUUGCCGAAUUAAGGCUGGAGGUGAUCACAAGCCCCACUGACUUCCAGAAAAAAGAAUAGUGUGGAAGUCAAUGGGGCCUCUGAUCGGUUUGGUUACAAACGUAAAUUAUCUUCCUUUGUGUUUAUCAGAAUAAAUAAAUUUAUACAGGUUUGUAACAAUAUGACAGUAAAUGAUGACAGAAUUUAUAUUUAGGGGUGAACUAUUCCUUUAAGUGAAUAUGAACGUCAGGUGAAAAUAAGAUUCAGGAUGUUUUAUUUUGAAUUACUGCCUGUGGUGAUAAAAAUUAAACAGUUAUGUUUAC